CAACCAUUUCCUCUCUGCGGAGGGGGGGCCGCACACGCGCGCGCACACACAGACACACACGCACAUGCACCUCCCUGCAGCAGGCUCGCUGCUUUCCAGGACCAGCUGUUUCGUGGCAGAGGCACAGGGCAGGGGCUCCCGCAGUGAGAGGCUGAACCGCUCCCGGCACAGCUAACCCCCGGCCCUGCUCAGAGCCUGGUGGCUGGUUUUGCUCUGUGGUGCUGGUUCUAAGCAGUGAGGUGAGACAGACCCCCACACUGCUGCCCACCUCUCCUGUUUCUUGUGGGAAGGAGAGGCCUUGCUUCCCAAGAAGACGGCGCACGCACGACUCUGGACUCUCGCUGGUGCCCCGGCUUAUUCCCCGGGAUGGGCCGAGAGGCUGGCUGCAACUCAGGCCUGGCCCUGCUCCAGGUGCAGGAGGGAGGGUAGGGAGGGCCUGAGGUGAGCUCACCUGCACCUGUCACAUGGGCCUUCCCGAUGCCACUGAGAAUGAGCGGUGAUGUCCUCUAGCAGCCCCUAGCUGGUCUCGGCUCUCCCUGGCCACAGCAGCUGACCGGGACUGGGACUUUCUCCACGACAAGGGACAGCACCGGCAGUCGGCGAUGACUGUCCAGAAACUGGUGGCCACAGCAGCGCUGGUGGCCCUGGUCUCUCUUGUCCUCAACAACGUGGCGGCCUUCACCCCCAACUGGGUGUACCAGACGCUGGAGGAUGGGCGCAAGCGGAGCGUGGGGCUGUGGAAGUCCUGCUGGCUGGUAGACAGGGCCCGGGGAGGGCCGAGCCCUGGGGCCCGGCCAGGGCAGGCGGACGCUCGGGACUGUGAAGCUCUGAGCUGGGGCUCUGAAGCGGCAGGCUUCCAGGAGGCUCGAGGCACCGUCAAACUGCAGUUCGACAUGAUGCGCGCCUGCAACCUGGUGGCCACGGCAGCGCUCGCUGCGGGACAGCUCACCUUCGUCCUGGGGCUGGCAGGCCUGCCCCUGCUGUCUCCUGAUUCGCAGUGCUGGGAGGAGGCCAUGGCUGCCGCGUUCCAGCUGGCAAAAUCCCUCCCACUGGGGAGGAACACGUGGAUCCCAUCACUUUGCGGCUCACAGAUGCUGGGACAUCCCAACCACGGCUGUGCCCUGACACGGGCCAAGAGCGAGUUUGCUCUGUGAAUACUCUCUCUGGAAGCUGUCACAGGCGCAACGUGAAGCAGGUGUGCUGUGUGAAGGUUCAGGGUUCAGCCCCACGGUCUCUCCUUAUACCACCUGCGUGUGCUUGACCGUCACCCCAACAGGAAGGCCCUGUGACAGGCACUGGAGCCCUCGGAAGCAGGCAGGAAGGAAGCGAGAGGAAAGGGACGCUCUGCAGGCUGAGCUGUGAUUCAUAGAGCCCGCGUGGCCAGCUCACAGGAAGGGGCUGUUUGCUUUGGAAACAGAAAUUCAUGAGGAUGGAAUUGACUCCACAGGCAGAAUUCAGGGUGUUUGCUCAAAGUCUCCCCUUGCAUUUGUUUCUGGACAAACAUGAACAUCACUGGGAAGUCUUGGGAAAAAAGUCUCUGGGACAAUUCUGAGGGGGUCUCCACACCAGGAUGUGCCAGAGAUGGGGAAGCCCAAGUCUCUGGCACAUCCAGUCGCUUUGUUGACUGGUCCCAUGAGUUAAUAUUUAAUAAGGCCAGCCUGGCCCGGGUCUACUUCCCAUACCCCUCCUCUCCCCUCCAGCAGGAGAAUUUCAUGAAGCAAACAGCAAGUUGGAUUUCAGAAGAAUGUCUACGUAAUGGCAGUUACCCAGUGCCCAGGCGGAGGCUGGAGGUGGCCAGCGAGGCCACGAGCCUGUCUAUGUCCCCGCGGCUUUUCACUGCUGACAUGCACACACGGGAGAUCCCCAUGUGCCACUUGUCUGUGCAGUUUGUGCCACCCCCAGUGGCCCGGGCAGGGUCCACUUGUUCUUGCGCCGUUGUUCUAGUAGGUUCCCAGUAUCUUCCUGAUCAGGAGAGGCUUUUCCUAAAUUAGCUUUUUUUAAUGUUGGGGAGUCAAGCCCUUUCUCUGACUAUAUGUGUUCUAAGUUGAACUGAAACAAAGCAAAAACUAACAUGGGUCUUUACACAGAAUAAGUCACAUAAAUGUGAAUUCUUUAAACCUUUUUUCACAUAAGGAUAUAGAACUAGACGUUCUUUUCUACUUCUCCUAGAAAAAAGAGCCAAGUGAGGUGCAGCCUGUGAAGAGCAGGCCAGAGAGGUGAGACGCACCAUGGACGGUGCUGGAAACCUGCCCGGGGCCGCUUACUGUCGGGCGGUCAGUAGUGCUCCAGACGGACAGACUCUCUGAAACUCCGUCUGUCAGGCUCUGCAUUGACACUGAUCCAUCACCUUGCGGGAUGUGGGUAGUUGUGCUCAGCUUGUUUGUGCACCUGUGAGUUCAUAUUCUCUAAUCAAUCUACCCACCCCCGCCUGUUCUUCCA